ACUAAUUUAUAUCUUGCAAGUGAAAUGAAAACACUCACUUAUUUGAAAAAAAAAAAGUAGUUAUGUUCAAAGUAGACUGUUUAUUUUUGGCCUAAAAGCAUUAUUACGUCUAUAAACUUAAUUCUAACGCACAUUUUAAGCUUAAAGACUACUUUGAGCUUUCCUCGUCUACAACAUUAAACGAAACUGACUACUUCAGCAAAACUUCAAUUUUCAUAAAACAUAAAUGUGAACGUUUUGGUUUCGCGUUACAAGCAACCACUGCAUUAGCGGCGUAAAAACAUAACAGCCAAGGUUGAUCUAAACAAGUUGAAAUGAGAAAUUCAACACUUAAGGACUAGUGCAAAUUGCUAUCAAAAUAAUCUUAGGUUUAAGGUCAGUUAGGUCUCGUCUCUUCCGAAGUUGUUGUUGACAAGUGAACGAACCAAUUAAAAGAACAAAUUGGCUCAGUAGCAUUGCUACAGAUAAGAUUACAUUCAAAGAGAAAUCUUUCUGUUUUCAUACUAAGUCAUUUCAAACAGGAACUAGACAAAAGCGAUAAUUCUGAUUUAGAGAUGACACAGAACACGUUUUUUUGAUUUAUUGAUUAAGUUCACCGUGAGUCGCAUGUGGAACUUUUGCAACGAUUGCCUCCUAAACCCAAAUAGCAUGUAUGAACCGAACAAAAAUCAAGUGAAGUAUUGCAAGACUUUACUUGACAGUCAAAGCUACUUGAUGAAAGAGGAGGGUUAGAUUCUCUUCUCCUCUUAUGUCCUCCACAUCACCUGAAAUGGAUUUUUAAAACGAAUAUAGGAGUAUUAAAUUGGAAGAUUGACAUGUGUUACCGAAAGCCAAUCAGAGCUGAGAAUACCUUCAUCUGUUUAUAAAACACAUUAAAUCAGUGCGCAGCACUUAUUCGCUAUUCUUCCCUUUCAUUGAUAAGUGUUUCUAUUGAGUGAGCCAUGAAGCUUCGUUUACUGAGUGUAUUUUUAUUUGUUAUUUAUUCAAGCAAAGUUAUUGCGUUAUGGUGGUCACUCGAGACGUCAAUGCAACAAGACCCUAAUGUCGUGUGUAAGAAGACGCAGUCAUUCUUCCAGAGAAAGGAAGACUUCUGCAAGUCGAAGCCCGAACUGAUUUCUACCGUUCUAGAAGGAAUGAAAGGUUCCGUCGAAGAGUGUCAGUGGCAGUUUAGAAACAGGCGAUGGAACUGCUCGACGUCCAAGAAUUCUGUCAAGAAAAUUCUUCGCUACGACUACCGAGAGACGGCGUUCAUCUAUGCGAUCACAUCGGCCGGGGUUACCUUUUCUGUCACGCGAGCAUGUAGCUUGAGUCAUCUUCACCAAUGUGGAUGCCGCAAAGUAAAUCCGAAACAGAAACAGCACGUCAUCGCCAACAAUGUCAUUCAGUCGUUCCCUCGAAACGAUUAUCCUUCUGCAGAAAACCAAGUUCCAAGACAGGCAUUUCCCAUCGGCGAGAACGAGCAGUUCGAAUGGGGAGGCUGCAGCGACAAUAUUCAUCACGGCUACACGAUGUCGCGGCAGUUGAUGCAAGAAGUAAAAAGCAGAGAUGGUCGAUCCAUGAUAAUCGAACACAAUAAUGAAGCAGGACGAUUGGCAGUCAAGCGUAACAUGCAAACAGAAUGUAAAUGCCAUGGUCUCUCGGGUUCCUGCUCUGUUCAAACGUGUUGGGAAAAGAUGCCGCACUUUAGAGACGUGGGUGACAGACUUAAAGCCCGUUUCGAUUCUGCCAUCAAGGUGAUUAUAGGAAAUAGCGGAGAUCAGUUAAUCAAAGAAGGAGAAACAAUAAAACCUCCAACAGAACUCGAUUUGGUUUAUACUACCUACUCCCCAAACUUUUGCAAAGCGGACCCCUAUUUGGGCUCUCAUGGCACUGUCGGCCGACGGUGUAAUGAUACAAGCAUGGGAGUGGGAGGGUGUUAAUUGCUUUGCUGCGGUCGUGGAGCAAGAAUGAGAAAAUUGAUCAUAAAAGAAAAUUGCCAAUGCCGUUUUCAGUGGUGCUGUACUGUUGAAUGCAAGAGAUGCAGGAGAGAGGAAGACGUUUUUACUUGUGAAUAACCCUCCUGCUGCUCGGAUACACACUAACACGCGAGAGACAGUCACGUCAAAUGUCAUGUGAACAAUGGUACGCACUCUGCAAAGUUUAUUUGAACGGCUACGAUUAUGUCCAACUUUCAGGAAAAGAACCGCUCCUUAUGACAAGUGAUACCCCAGAUAGAGGAAAGUAUUUAAUAUAUGUUUUCAAAUAUCAAUUUUAGCGGAAUCCAAUCAGACAGCUGGAGGUCACGGCACGACUAAAUUGCAAACACUUGAACGUUGUGUCUGAUAGAGAUAUGAAUACUACAACGAAGGAAUAGUCAUGCAAUGCCGUACAAGGAUUUUUUCCAGUUACUGAACAUUGCAAGUUGUUCGUGACCAAAUGAACGCUUCAAUGCCAAAUUUUCAGGACAAUCGAACCCACUGCUUAGUAGAAGUGAAGUACAGUACAGGAUGAAAACAGUGUCAUCUUGAACGAUUUAGAAGUAGACACUCUUCAUUUAAUCCCCUUGGAGUUGAUUAGCACUAUGAGCUUUGAAGGGGUUCUUUAAUUGUCGACGUUUAUUGCAAACAUUCAAAGUAACAGCAGGGUUUCGGGCUUCACGACAGAGAGCCUAUACAUAAAGUGUGACCUUUCAAAUUACCUUCUAACAAGUGCUCUGUGUCUUUGACUAAUUUAUAUAAACUCACGUUACAACCAAAACAUUCUGCAUUAUUUCAUGUUAAUACCCAGUUGUUUUCUUUAAGGAUUUCACUAAUGAGGGCACAAAAGAACGGAAAGCUUAGUAAGAGCAGUUCAGUCCGGAAAUCGCCAUGUAAUGGCCGGUCACAUCAAACAGUGAGAUAAUGAUAUUUAAUUGCGAUCUUAUCACCCGGAGAGCGUCAAAAUGAAAUCCAGGGAGUUCAAGACACGAGCAUGAUUAAAUUUCUUUAUAAAAAAUCGUUAUACACCGAAAUGAUUAGACAUUGUAACCUUCUCCAAUGUUACCAAAUGACCAAAUUAUAUUGACAAAACUAUCACAAGCCGUGACUAUUCAUUCUCUCUUGACCCAACAAAUUUAUCACUUGGAGCUGAGAAUUUUUGUCAAAAAGCGAUUAGCAAUGUUCUGAUAUUUCCCUUUUGUUUGAUGUUUCUGAUACACAUGCCUCAUAUCCUGCUGCGAUAAUAAGCAGUUAGAUAUAAACAAUAAAUUUGAUUGACUUCUUAUGUGUUUUAUUUUCCUCACAAUAUUCUGAAAUGUGAAAAAAAAACAAAAAAAAACUGGUUUCGUUGUAGAAGCUACUUAAAGACAGUACGUGAAUUAUUUGCCAGUGAUAUUUACGAAAAGUACAAUACCUUUAUCUGCUACUUGCACGAAAGACUUAUGUAAACAGGGCUCCUUGUGAACAACUUCAGGUUGAUUUUUAAUACUGGUUUAAAAAAGAUUAUUCUGUUAUACUGUAUAGUCGAUUGAGGUAUGGUGGCGAUGACUGCGUUUUAUUCUUAGGAGACUUUAACAUUUGCAGUAAUGGUCGGUCUAAUAAAAGAAUAUAAAUACUUUGUAUAUAGGUUUUAAAACAGAAAUAAAUGAAUAGAAUUGUUCUC